CCUAACUCCUCAUGAGGAGUUUCCAUCUGUGUUUCUGUCCUCAUCCUCCAGCUGCCGCCUCCACUCAGAAUACGAAACCCAAGUGGAAAUGUCACGCCCCCACCCCUCACCGAAGCUCUACCUGGGCCCUUCCAGCUGGAAGAAGUGAAGGGGAACCUUUAAUUCCAGAAGUUCCAGCUGUGACUUCUCCACCACCCUUUAAUGGGACCCUUGGAAAGGCCAUCCACUGGCUGGACGCGUAAGGACACGGAGAUGCAAGUUGGUCCCCAGCCUGAUGAGAAGAGCAGGGGAUGGAGGCCGGGAGACAGGAGCGCUGCCCCUUCCCUCCUCACCCCUGUCCUGUCCUUCCUCCUCCUCUUGCCACUGGCCAGCGCCCUACAGCCCACCUCACUGCCCUUUCCAGAGCUGAGGCUGGUGGGGGGCCCGAGCCGCUGCCGGGGACGCCUGGAGGUCCUGCAUGGCGGCUCCUGGGGCAGCGUCUGCGACGACGACUGGGACGUGGUGGACGCCAAUGUGGUGUGUCGUCAGCUGGGCUGCGGCCUGGCUCUGCCCGUGCCGCGGCCCCUCGCCUUCGGCCAGGGCCGUGGCCCCAUCCUGCUGGACAACGUGGAGUGCCGUGGGCAGGAAGCCGCGCUGAGCGAGUGUGGCAGCCGAGGCUGGGGCGUCCACAACUGCUUUCACUACGAGGACGUGGCUGUCCUGUGUGACGAAUUCUUGCCCACGCAGCCCCCAACAAGGAAAGUGUUAACCAGUAGGGCACCCCCUACAACUCCCCAGAAUGGAAAAGGUGAGGGCAGCGUGCGCCUGGUGGGGGGCGCGGGCCCGUGUCAGGGCCGAGUGGAGAUCCUGCACGGUGGCCUGUGGGGCACCGUGUGUGACGAUGACUGGGGGCUGCCGGACGCCACCGUGGUCUGCCGCCAGCUAGGCUGCGGGGCGGCCCUGGCAGCCACCACCAACGCCUUCUUCGGCUACGGCACGGGGCACAUCCUGCUGGACAACGUGCACUGUGAAGGAGGCGAGCCCCGUCUGGCAGCCUGCCUGAGCCUAGGCUGGGGGGUGCACAACUGCGGCCACCACGAGGACGCCGGCGCGCUCUGCGCAGUCCUGGGGCACCUGGCUCUCACAGCACUGCCACCGUCGGGUACAAGAGCGGACUGGGCCUGGCACACAGAGCCAGAGGCUACAGGAGUUGGUGCCCUGCCUUCCAGGGAGCCGGCACUGUUCACCACAGCGGCCUGGGCGGCGGGGAAGAAAAGCGGGCGGCUGCGGCUGGUGGGCGGCCCGAGCCCGUGCCGCGGCCGCGUGGAGGUGCUAUACGCCGGGGGCUGGGGCACCGUGUGCGACGAUGACUGGGACUUCGCGGACGCGCGCGUGGCCUGCCGCGAGGCGGGCUGCGGGCCGGCGCUGGGUGCCACGGGCCUCGGCCACUUCGGCUACGGCCGCGGCCCCGUGCUGCUGGACAACGUGGGUUGCGCCGGCACGGAGGCCCGCCUGAGCGACUGCUUCCACCUGGGCUGGGGCCAGCAUAACUGCGGCCACCACGAGGAUGCGGGCGCGCUCUGCUCAGGCCCAGACGAGCUAGUCCAGCAGGACGGUGCUGAGACCACCCAGGUGCCCACUCCUCGGCCCCGGGACGGGCACUUACGUCUGGCCAAUGGAGCCCACCGAUGCGAGGGCCGUGUAGAGCUCUUCCUAGGGCAGCAGUGGGGCACUGUGUGCGAUGAUGCUUGGGACAUGCGGGCAGCCGGCGUCCUGUGUCACCAGCUGGGCUGUGGCCAGGCCCUGGCAGCCCCUGGUGAGGCCCACUUUGGCCCAGGCCGAGGCCCUAUCCUCCUGGACAAUGUCAAGUGCCGUGGGGACGAGAGUGCCCUGCUGCUCUGCUCUCACAUCCGCUGGGAUGCCCACAACUGUGACCACAGUGAGGAUGCCAGUGUCCUGUGCCAGCCAUCGUGACCCAGCCCACUCUGCAGACCACUUCUGGGAGCCUACUGUGGCCUGCCCCUCUUCCUUCAGGAAGUCCUCCUCCUGUGACAACUGCAGUUCACUCUGCCCUUCCCUCCCCUUGCCUGGGAGAGAGCCUGCCCAGAUGGUGUAGUCCUGCCUGAGGGAGCCUGGCUCCAUCCCAUCAACUUAGUGUGUGACCUCACUUGUCAUCACCUACUGUGGGCCCAUUUCAAUGAAAACUCCUACUUUCUGCUCAGCUAAAACAGAAACUGGUGGGAAGGGAAGCACUCCUAACUUUCCUCUUUGGUGGGACUCCUGUUACAAUACCCUUAACCCAGCCUUCCUUAACCCUGGUCCAGGAGGUUCAGGUGCUCUCUGUAAAUGGGGUAUCUCCUUUCCCUCCACCCAUCUGGGGAUCCUCAAGAAGAGGGGAAGGCAAGAGAGGCCUACAGCUCUUACCUUAGACUGGCCUGGGGCUGCAGAAGGACCUGGGUCGUUGCCCUGGCCUGCUCUGUGAGGGCCUGGACUCAGAUGGUGCUUGGCUGGACAAGGGGACUGGAGGGGCCAAAGCAGGGACAGUGGCCCCUCCCUGCAGCUGGAACCAGCAACUCGAUUUAUGCUGCUCCCACCACAGAGCCUCCACUUUGCAGAAGCAAAGAACCCUGGGGGCCUGUAGCCACCCGUUCAUAGGUGCCAAGUCAAUAAAGCAUUGUCCCCCCUGUGUUUUAACCGAGGUCAAUGUUUGGGCAUAAGUGCGUUGUUUGUGGCAGCAGAGAAGACUCUGGUUAGGACUCUCUGGAGGAAACCUGCCUGGGGUGGAGGGCAGUUCAAGAGCAUCAUCAGAGAGCUUUCGGCGGGCCCAUCACAUCCUGGAAAUGCUGACUCACAGUGUCAGGCCAGGAAGGCCCCUAAAGGGUCCCCUAGCCCAUCCCCAUUUUCCUUUUACAUACACAGAAUCCUAAAGGAAGGGGUCUGCUCAAAGGCACAUAGCAAGAGUCACUAGAAGAGAAAAAAAUUGAGAGGAGGCAGAAAGGAUGAUGGAGGAGAGUAAAGCAGCAUUGGGGCUUCCCCAGGGGCUGCUCUUGAGGUACCUCACCUGGCGCCCCAGGGCCAGAGGGAAGUGAGGGAUCCUGCCAGAGCCUCUCUCAGCCCGCCGGUGGCUGACUUGCCAGUAGCAACUGUCUGACGUCAAACCCCCGCCCUCCACAUAGCCUGCAGGCUCUGUAUGAGUUUCCUAUCCCUGCCGUAACAAAUUACUAUCAAUUUAGCGGCUUAAAACAACAAAUUUAUUAUCUUACGGUUCACAAGGUCACGAGUCUGAAAUGCGUUUCCCUGGGCUCAAUUCGAGGUGUUGGCAGGGCAGUAUUCUUUCUAGAGGAUCCAGUGGGGAAUCCUUUUCCUUACCUUGUCCAGCUUCUCGAGGCUGCCUGCGUUCCCUGCCUGCUCACAACCUCCUUCCAGCCAGCAUUGCACCACUCUGACCCCAGCGUCCAUCAUCUCAUCUCUUUUUCUGAUUCUUCUGCCUCCCUCUUCCAUCCUCGAAGGCCCUUUGUUAUUAUAUUAGGCCCACCUGGAUAAUCCAGGAUCAUCUUCCCAUCUCAAGGUCCUUAAUUUAACCGUGUCUGCAAAAUCUUUUUAGCUACGUAAAGGAGCAUUUUCACCAGCUCCAGGGAUUAGGAC